UGGAUCAAUGAGCACGAAUAUAAGUCUGGAUAAAAGUCGAACAAUUGAAUCGAAUUCUUACAAUAAAAUUGAAACUAUAAAUCUGAAUGGCGAUGAUCAUAUUGACUUUUGUACGGAAGCACAAAUAGAUUUGAUUAAUAAUAACAUAUAUAAUAUUGAUCCUAAGUAUGCAUCGAUCAUCAAACCAUGUUCGGUUGUAUUGGAAGAUUGUUUGGAACCUGUACACAUCGAACCUGAGAUUGAUAUAAAUAUAGAAACCACAGUACAUGCAUGUAUUCCCUGUAAUGAAACUUAUACGACCUUAAAAGAUUUAAAAAAACAUGUAUAUACAACGCACGUAAGUGACACAACCACUAAAUGUUUCAUUUGUGAUGUCGAAGUUACAAACAUGAACAAUAUGACCACGCAUAUAUUGACUCACAUGCUUACGGUUAUUUAUAUUUGUAAAAUUUGUAGCGCAGUGAAAGAAACUCAGGAAAGUUAUGAUGAACACAUGCUUACCCACCGCAAGAAAAAUUUUGUGUGUGAUGUAUGUGGUAAAACUUGUUCAACCCUAUAUACCCUGUCCAAACACAAAAUAGUACAUCAGCCAGAAAGAUACAAAUGCAAGGUAUGCAGCAAAAUAUUUGGUAACACACAGAGCCUCAAUCAACACAUGCUGAUUCACGGGGAAAGGAAAUUUGUCUGUGAAAUUUGUGAUGCUACAUUUUACAGAAGACAAGCUUUAAAUGUUCACGUGAAGAUGCACAGCACAGAACGUGCCUACAAAUGCAACUUUUGUUCUAAGACUUAUAUAACUAGAAGUAAUUUGGUAUCGCAUGCACGAGUUCACGAUAAAACAAAACAAAAGAAGUGUGAAUACUGUUCGAAAACAUUUCUUACAAAACAAGCUCGCCUACAGCAUUUGUAUAAGUAUGAAAAUGUCCAACUUCAUCAAUGUAAUUUGUGUAAGAAAGUUUAUGAAACUUUAAGUGAAUUGAAAACUCACGAGCAGAAGCACAAUGGAGAUUUGGAAACAUUCCAGUGUCGAAUAUGUGGAGAACUUUUCAGGUCGAAGGUGAAAUUGAGUCAUCAUAGAGAAGGCUGCAGGGAAAAAAAUGAUUCUAACUUGGUUGAUUUGUCCAUAUAA